CUUGAACCUGCAUUCCUACAACAGCCUUGGGAUACCUUCCUCCAGGCCCUUGCCUCGCCAGCAAUGCGCUAAAUCGCCAUCCAUGGACAUCCCGUCUGAGUCUGGGCUAGACGGAAGGCCUAGCUACGGAGCGGCGUUAGCGAUUCGUUCUGCUCUGGCGAGUGUCCCGGUCGACCCGUGACAUCCUCCAAGCCAUCUAGGAUGGCUUCCCUGGGGGCUCUUGUCGGGACAGCAUUGUCUGGCCGUUUCUCAUCGAUAGUUGCUAUUCGAGACAUUCCAAGCGACCCACGCUCGCACCAUACGGUUUACGUCCUGACAAUUCUCUCUCUCUCUUUCGCCUCCAUCAGUGUCCUAUCCACACUGUCCACUCUUUACUGGUUCGUCAAGAUGAGGAGAAGCUUCCGACACGACAGCCUGAUCUUGUUGUUGAUACAAAGCGACUUUAUCAAGUCUGCGGCCUUCCUUCUCUUCCCUAUCGUGAACCUUCUUCGGGGCGACAUUGAGUCCGACUCGCCAUUUUGUCAGAUCAGCGGCUUUGCUCUCGCUCUCGGUAUUGAGUCAUCAGACGUGGCCGUCCUUCUGAUCGCUUUGCAUUCCGUCAUGUACAUAUUUCGGCCGAAGUCGGGUCUGUACCCGUACCGGCGAUUUGCUUACUUGGUCUAUUAUCUUUUUCCUGUUGUGACCGCCUCGCUGGCCUUUAUCGACGGGAACGGGUAUGAGAACCUCGGUCACUAUUGCUACAUCAGAACCGACAGGAGCUGGGCUCGGCUCGCACUUAGCUGGGCCCCCCGUUACAUCAUUGUGGUCAGCAUCAUGGUCAUCUACGCCUUCAUUUACAUUUACAUUCGCAGAAGGAUGGAGGACUACGGAAGGAGGAGCUCGGCCUACCAGUCACAGCCGCGGCCGGCCCGUGACUAUUACAAUGGCGUGCCUCCGACGCCGCCGAUCGCCUAUCACGGUUUACUACCCUCCACGCCUAACUCGCGCCGCGGAUCAGCCGCGGACUCGAUGGCGGGCACGAAAGAUCGCCAACAGUCCUUGUCUUCGAUGAGCGCGAGCAGACUAGAUAACAUCUCGGUCGUAAGUGCUGCAGACCCACAUCAGCAAAGCUUUCGGGCGACGAUUCUUUCCCGGCCUCCGAGGCGGCCAGUCCGGUGGAACUGGUCCGGAUUCAGGCAGGCUACGCACUCCUCCGCCGACAACGAGCUGUUGGGACCAGCGGAAGACGAGCCAGAUGAUCCACUCUCGUCGAGCCCCGCGCCAAUAAUACCGCCACGGCCAGUUCAUUCGCCUCCGGCGAUUGAUCCGGCCGAGGCGGCCGAGGUGCCGACCGAGUCGUCGUCAACCAUCAACCCGCAGCUAUCGUUUUGGCAUCGACCCUUAGGUUCCAACUAUCCAACACAUCCGGGAAGUACGAGCCAAGGGUGGGGCAUCUAUCAGCUUGCUUCGGGUCAGAGGAGACCUAACAUUUCACUUCCGAAUAUCAUGUCGAUGCUCCGGAGAGGGCCACAGCACGCAACUACAUCAAGCGAGACUUCGCCUAUCGUCAUGUCCCCGGCCUCAUUUGAGGGUGGGUCCGGAGUCAAUAAAAGCCGCGAGAAGAUGCGACGUCAACUACGAUCAUUGUUUGUUUAUCCACUUGUGUACAUGAUUACUUGGGUAUUCCCGUUCAUCUCUCACGUGGCUGGUUUUGACGAUUCGGUACGGACCGACGAUCCACCCUGGCUUCUAAUUGUGAGCAUGAUCAGUCUCUGCGCACAAGGCGCAGUGGACUGUACCCUUUUCACAAUCCGGGAGCAGCCGUGGCGACACGCUCAUGGCAGGUUUCUAGACUUGCUCAGGAAACGCUUGACAAUGCAUUGGAGCGGUCACUGGGGAGACGUGGGGCUGGCUGGCCGUACGAGGGAAGAGAUGCUGGUUGAUAGUCGGAUAGCCAGGGAGCGCCGAGAUGGGGAGAUUGCCUAUGAAAGGACAAUAAGGGCGAGUAUGAGCACCGGCCAAGGCCAGGGCCAAGCAGGGGCGCCUCGGAGAGGCAGGAAAGAGUGGUGGGAUACGGAUAUCCUCGACAGAGCGUCAGACGAGAGCGACGACUUCAGCCAGACUACAGGGCAGGGGGUGUGA